UGGCCAAACGCUUUGGAGGAGCCAUGGAUAAAAGAGGAGGCACAACGGAGGCGGAAAAUGGGGAUGCCUUCCACGACUUGAACAGAAUUACCACGAAAUACCCACAUCGCUAUACAAAAGAAGAAUUGCUGGAUAUUAAAGAGCGUCCCUAUUCCAAGCAAAGACCUUCUUGUCUUUCUGAAAAAUAUGACAGUGAUGGUGUCUGGGAUCCAGAGAAGUGGCAUGCAUCUUUAUAUCCAAGUUCAGGAAGAACUUCACCAGUGGAAAGCUUCAAAAAAGAUUUGGAUUCAGAUCGAACUUCUCUUAUGCGUAGGAUAGUAGAUCCGAGGGAACGAGUGAAGGAAGAUGACUUGGAUGUAGUCCUGAGCCCACAAAGGCGAAGCUUCGGAGGAGGCUGCCAUGUAACUGCAGCCGUUGGCUCGCGUCGAGCAGGGAGCCCCUUAGAAAAAGAGAAUGAUGGUGUCCGUGUUAUCGGUGGCCGCAGGAUUGGCAGUGGAAGAAUUAUCUCUUCUCGUAACUUUGAUAAAGAUCACCGGGGUGGUGAAAAAGACAUGCGUGAUUCUAGAGAUGGAAGAGACAGAGAUCGUGAGAGAGACUACAAAGACAAACGUUUCAGGCGUGAAUUUGGUGACAGCAAACGUGUCUUUGGGGAACGGAGAAGAAAUGAUUCCUAUACCGAAGAGGAACCAGAGUGGUUUUCUGCUGGUCCCACAAGUCAGUCUGAAACCAUUGAGCUCACAGGCUUCGAUGAUAAAAUUUUGGAAGAAGAUCACAAAGGGAGAAAACGUACAAGACGACGCACGGCCUCAUUAAAAGAAGGGAUAGAAUGUAACGGGGGAGUGGCAGAAGAGGAUGAAGUGCAGACUGUCCUUGCCAAUGAAACUCCAGCAGAUCAAGAAGUUCCUAGGGAAGCUGUUUUACAAGAACCAGCUCCAGGAGAGUUUGACUUCAAUGAAUUCUUUAAUUUGGAUAAAAGUGUUCCUGGGCUGGCUUCGAUGAUAGAGGAUGUGCUGGGGGAAGGCCUGAGAUCAACACCACAUGAAGAACUGGAGAGGCUUGCAGGUCUAGAGCAAGCUAUUCUGUCCCCUGGCCAGAACUCUGGAAACUACUUUGCUCCCAUUCCAUUGGAAGACCACUCUGAAAACAAAGUGGACAUCCUAGAAAUGCUACAGAAAGCCAAAGUGGACUUAAAACCUCUCCUCUCAAGUCUUUCAGCCAACAAGGAAAAGCUUAGAGAGAGCACACAUUCAGGAGUAGUACUUUCAGUGGAAGAAGUAGAAGCUGGACUAAAAGGACUGAAAAUGGAUCAAGAGGGAAAAAUUGCUACUCCAUUUAUGGCAGAGCAAAUGGAGGAAGCACUGAAUGUAGCUGGCUCCAGACAGAUCAAGAAGGAUGGAGAUAUGACAGCAUUUAAUAAACUAGUAAGCAGCAUGAAGGCCAGUGGGACCUUGCCUUCACAGCCCAAAGUCAAUCAGAGCCUUGAAAGCCACUUGAUGUCACCUCCAGAGAUGACAGGCCAGCCUCUAUCAAAAAAUAUUCUACAGGAACUUCUUGGUCCACCUAUUACCAGACCUGCUUCAUCAAAUGUCUUAAGUGGCCUGAUAGGUGGCUUGGAACCUGCAGCAUCUCUACUGGGACAGAGAGCACCUUCUCCUCCUCUUCCACAGGUGUUCCCAACUCGAGCUGCCUCUGCAGACUACCUGCGUCAUCAGAUAUCUUCACCCCUUGGUUUUGGACAAGGUUCUCAGCAACUGCUUGGUGAUCCAUUUCCAAGUGUAAGGAAGCCCAUGAGCCCAGUUGCUCCACAGAUGAGUCCCUUGGAGAUACAGCAGGCUGCAUUAGAAGGGCUAGCGUUACCUCAUGACUUAGCCCUACAGGCAGCAAACUUCUACCAGCAUGGCUUUGGUAAGCCACAAAUGGACAAGAGCAGAGAUGGCUACAGAAACAGGCAGCAGCGAGUGACUAAAUCGCCUGCACCAGGACACAGAGGCAAUGCAUCUUCUCCAGCCCCUGCAGCAUCCAUUACUAGCAUGCUGUCUCCUUCCUUUACGCCUACCUCAGUGAUUCGCAAGAUGUAUGAGAGCAAGGAAAAAAGUAAAGAGGAGCCAAUUUCUGGGAAACUGAAAGUCAGUGAUGUUAAAGAUGAAAAUCAGAGGCCAAAUGAAGCUACAGAUAACCUACUGUCUAGUUCUGUGGAGAAUGCAGAUCAAGGAACUUUACCCACCUUAGGUACCAAACUACCUGCACUGCAACGCUCUGCAUGUUCCACACCUCUUACUCAAGCAAAUCGUUGCACCAAAGAGCAAGACUACAGGCCUAAAUCAACUGGUAGAAAGACUCCUACAAUGGCCUCCCCAGUACCAGGAGGCCCUUUUCUCCGUCCUGUUCAUCAAGUACCCCUUGUUCCCCACGUACCAAUUGUACGACCUGCUCAUCAACUGCAUCCAGGAUUGGUCCAGAGAAUGCUGGCCCAGGGGGUUCAUCCACAACAUCUUCCUCUGCUGCAAGCAGGUAUGCUUCCUCCUGGAGUGGACCUUUCUCACUUGCAGGGAAUAUCUACUCCCAUCCUUGGCCAACCUUUUUAUCCACUACCAACAGCUAGCCAUCACAUCUUAAACCCACGCUCUGGGACACCUUUGCAACUAGCAAUGAUGCAACAGCAAUUACAGCGUUCAGGCACUGGAGCACAGGGAUCACCUGCUGGUGUGCAAACCACCCCCCAAAAUGUGCCGUCUCGGACUGGAUUAUCUCAUGGGCACACACAGCUCGACCAUCGCCCCAGCCAGAGAAGUGGCUCUCCCAUUGGCCUUGCAAAGUGGUUUGGUUCAGAUGUCUUGCAGCAGCCUCUCCCCUCCAUGCCAUCCAAAGUCAUCAGUGUUGAUGAACUGGAGUAUCGGCAGUGAGCAGUGACCGCUGGGUGGGACACUUGUGCUUCUUUAGACUGGAUAAAAAUGUCCAUAGUCAGGACUUCACCUCUGUUUGUUUUUUGGGGCUUUUAUUUUUAGCACUCUGUGCAAAAUUUCUUUUCAAGAAACUAAAGCACAUGGCACCUGUCCUGGUCUCAUGUCUGCAUCAAGACUAAAGGAUCCAUUAUGGCUUAAAUAGUGAAGCCUGAAGAAAUUUAGAUGCAAGACAAAGCCAGUUUAAUCCUGGAAGUGUCUAUUUUUUGUUUUUGUAAGAUAUGUGAAUGAAGUGCUGAUAUUCUCUAGUGUAGAGGUAGCAGCUAUGGAUUCCUCCUGCAGAAAACUAAAUGUAUAGACCCUUGUGUACAGACUAUGUAUAAACAAUCUUUUGUAUAUAUACACAUAGAAUAGCUUUUUUUGAAUCUAUACAGCUGUACAUAAGAGUAGCUGAUACCAGUUGAGCUUUAGUUGUGCCUAUGGUUUGGAUCUUUCUCCAUUGUACAUGUGGGACUUUCUUUAAGAUUAAAAUUGCAUAUCCUAAGUGUGAGUGAACAGGAUAAAGUUGCUUUGCUUUUUCUUGCUGCUCAUUUCCUGAGUCUCCCUCUCAAACAGAUCCUUCUGUGAUAUACUGUGCAUUCAGUGUAGCUGAGGUGUUGAAAAGCCCACAUCUUGCUGUCUGUGUAACAAAGGUCUGAUUCCUUGUGUGUGUGACUCUUGCCAUCAAAUUAAAGAACUGUUUAGUCUUCAAACUGCCUUGAGGAUGGGACCUGGUACAGUAAUGACAAAGCUGCUACUUGUUUGCCAUAAGCAAAGAGACUGUAGGUACCUGUUUGGUCACAGUUCUUUCAAGGGGGCUGGUGCUGGCCCUUGUUGGGCUGCAGUAUUUUCCUUGUUUUAAUCUUUCAAGCAAGUUGCUAAAGGUUGUCAAAAUGGAGCCUUGAAAUCCUCACCCUUGAACUCCUCUGCCAUAGCUGUGGUAUGUUCUAUACUGCCCUCAGUUCUAUUUAUAGAAAGGAGUCCCAAGAACAGUCCUACAUCUAGGGUGCAUCUCCUUGAUGCAAUUACUGUGAAACUUGCCUUGGGAGUCUUGUUCUGUGGCUUGAAAGGGGGAGGAGGGGGUAGUUUUGUGAUCUUACUGUGUAUAUUUGGUUUUUAAAUACUAUGUUCCUUUUAAGCCUGUUUCACUUUCCUGAACAGUUAAGUGUUCUUUUCAUCCUCCUGCAUGGUUCCUCACUUCACCUUCUCACUUGUGUUGAGUCUAGUACUGCUGUCAUGUCUUCUAGCUUAGAAGCUUGUGCUCUUUUUUAAAAAAAAAGGUGAAAGCAAAACCAGAAUUCUCACAAACUUGCUCUUUCUUCAGUCUCACUGAAUGCAAAACCAGCAGCAGAAAAAUCACUUGACUGUAUUAUAACAAUUGCCAGCAUGCUGUGGUGGGUUUGUGUCAGUCUAGCAGACAACAGCAUACAGAAACAGCAAGUUAAAAGCUCCAGUGUGGAGGCUGUUGGGAGUCACCCAUACUUCUAGUGGUUGUUCAUGCAGCAAUCUCUGUAAAACAUGCAAUCACCAGCUUGUCCUUGUAAGAUUGUUUUCAUACUUUUUUAACUUGACACUUUCCCAGUAACAUUCUGUAAAUAAAGUCAAUUCUACCA